AUGCUACCAUAUCUCCUCCGACUCCUCUUCCUUGUCGUCUCGUCGUUGGUCCCAUCGUGCCUUGCAAUCGACGCCAAUGAGCCACAGCCGACAGGAGCGGUGGUUUCGCCUGUCGACCGUGUUCUAGAUUGCGCUGCAAACUGCACCAGAGAAUUCAUCCAGACGGAUUAUCCGAACAAUGCGUGCUCCCAGGGCUUGGACAUCGAGUGUCUAUGCAGGACGAAUACGAACAGUGGAUACACUUUGGGAGAGGCUGCCUUGCGUUGUAGCCUUGCCUACUGCCCUUUGGAGGCGGUACUGAGAUCGACGGUCUAUAGCAUCUGUGAUUCAAUCGCCGGAGCUCUACCACGGACGCAUGCCACCAUCACCGCCACCAUAGUGACCACGCCAUCUCCGACGAGCACGACAGCAGCCCAAACAGAGACAGCUGCUCCCACGGGUACCCUGAGCUCAACCCUAAGCACCAGCUCGACCAUUUCCUCAGAAUUUUCAGAAUCCUCAAGGUCCUCAGAGUCAAAAACUACGCAUGUAUCCACCACUCUCACCUCUUUUGAGAGCCCUAUAUCAAUCACUCGCACUGUCCAGCAUCCCUCUAGUGCUACUACCAGUGACCAGGCAUCAGAUACCGGUGCAGCGUCCAAAAACAGCACUUUGAAACCGAGCGCGGUUAUAGGGGUCUCCGUGGCCUCGGGAGUGUCGGGGUUCUUCAUCAUCGGUCUUAUCAUCUUUUGUUGCUGCCGAAAGGCUAGACGAAGGAAUCAACAGGCCAAAGACAAUAACUUCUUUGAGAUCGGCGGUGCCAUGUCAGAACCCCCGGACUUUUCCCUGCCACCGAAACGACCAACACCGGGGCCUAGUAAUCCCUCGUCUCGUACAACAAACGAGGACUCGCGUCCCGCACGGUUGAUGUCUCCCUUCGAGUACCGGAGCGAGAACCCGGCGGUUGUCGUUACUAAACCAGGUGACGACCACGCCAACCGCAAUUCGAGAAGAAUUAGCCCCAGUAAGAUCGGAUUUGCAUUUUCUUCGAACUCUGAAAAUGAGGCCUUGUCGAGCCAGUCCUCCCAGCGGACUAUUUCCGAUUUGCUGCCAGAGAAGCCUGUAUAUGACCUUUAUCCCCAACCGCUGCGAUGGAGCCAGCAGAAAACCCCCAGGCCUGCUAGUGGCGCGACAUUGUUUGAAGAGGAUGUUGUCAGGCCGAGGGGUGGUCCCGGUGCUCCCACUCCGUACAUGAACUCUGCCUUGCUAGCUCGAUACAACUCCUCCCGACAGCACAAUCGAAUUCCAAUGGCAGGGUUGCCAGACAACCCUCGUGCGAUGAUGCAUGGAUUUGAAGGCAGGAACAACGGUUCUUUGACGCCGCGGAAUCCUGAUCCUCGGAAAAGGCCCAUAUAUGCCCAUCCUGGGGCUGGGGUCCACACGCCUCGUCAUGCCGACAUAUAUGAUGCCCCGUCGUACAAUGCUGAACGGGAUCGCUCCACGCAUCAUGACAAUUAUGUGGACAACUAUUGGCAGCAACCCGAUCUAGGAUAUAUGGGUGGUGCGGGAAUGCCGUCGCCUCGGAUUACGGCGCGUCGGUCACUGCGUAGUCCGCAGCCCAGCAACACCGCAGCUGGCAAAUCAAGCGGCGAGUUCGAGACGAUUAACAUCAACGAAAAUACAGGAAGUCGCCGAGCCUCCCGUCACUCGGGGACUUUCAGAACCCUUUCCCCUCUCAAAGAAGUCCGAACGCCCACCAAUAUACCCCCCCAGCGUGACUAUUUCCGCGAUGACGCACCUGUCAAUGAUCCCGGGAGACGACCUCCCUCUACGGCUGCCGGCCCAGCCUCUGAGGUCGUGUCUCGGCCCCGAGUUGUGCGACAGGACGAUAUCAAAAGGGUUCAGAUUCGUCGAGGCAAGCCGCAGCCUGCCGGACAGGCUGCUCCGUACGGCCCGGAAGACUACUGGGACGGAUACGACCGCGAUCUGUUUCCCGACCUCAACCCUCACGCUCUAGUCAGUGAUUCUAGAUAUCCGGUCGAGAUGAUGGGUCGGAUGCCGAAGAAAAGAGCCGUGCCAACCGAACGCAACUUGACACCGUCCCGACAUGGCACCGAUCUGAUACUCCGCGUGGAUUGA